AUGUCUCCACUUCUGAAAAGCAUCUGUGACAUCACUGAAGUUUUCUAUCAAUAUGCCUCACAUGAAUAUGAUGGGGCAUCACUAAGCAAGAAAGACCUAAAGAACCUCCUUGAACAGGAAUUUGGAGCUGUCCUUCAGAGACCACAUGACCCCGAGACAGUAGAUCUGAUUCUGGAACUUCUGGAUCGCGAUGCCAACAACCGUGUGGAUUUCAAUGAAUUCCUCCUGUUCCUUUUCAAGGCGGCUCAAGCCUGUUAUUACGCCCUCGGCCAGGUUGUGGGGCUAGAGGAGGAGAAGCGAGUCCAGCGCGAGGGGAAAGGAGACCUGUUACAAGAUCGCAGGCAAGAAGACCAAAGAAGAUUCGAGACGCGCGACAGACAAGUCGACGAAGAACAACCCAGCCGCCGAAGCUGGCAGAAGAGUCAAGAACGGGAGAGGGAGCGCGCUGAGGAAGAGGAGCAGAGGAACAAGCAGGAGAGGCUGGAGCAGCUCGGCAGCCAGCGCCUGCAGGGACGAGAGAGGCAAGUGCGGGAAGAGCGCCGGGCCGAGGAAGAGCAGCUGAGGCGCAAGGGUCGCGACGCCUUAGAGUACGCCGGGGAAAGGGAACCGUACCGGCGCGAAGAGCCCAGACGCGAGCAGCAAGCGGAGCUGCGGCGGGAGCCGGAGGCGAGGCAGCUGCAGCGGCGCGAGCAGGAGGAGGAGAGGCUGGAGCGGGAGAGGCAGGGGGGCGAGGCGCGGCGGGACGAGACCCGCGCCCAGAGGUGGCAGCGGCAGCUAGAGAGCGAGGCAGAAGCCCGUCAGAGCAAGGUCUACGCCCGGCCCCGCAGGCAGGAGGAGCAGAGGUUCCGCCAGGAACAGCAGGAAGAGAGCAGGCGGCGGCUGGAGCAGGAGGAGGAGCGGCGCCGCGACUUCACCUGGCAGCGGCAGGCGGAGGAGGAGCGCGAGAGGCGCUUCCAGGAGGAGCGCCUGGAGCCGCAACAACGGUUCUACGGCGACGGCGACGAGGAGGAGCCCCGCCGCGACCGAGGCUGGAGGUGGCAACUUGAGGACGAAAGCCGGGGGCGCCGGCAGGUGCUCUACGCCCAGCCCGGCCGGCGGGAGCAGCAGCGCGAGGAAGAGCGGCUGCCACGCGGGGAGCAGGAGCUGAGGCGCGGGGAGCCGGACAGGCAGUUCGGGCGGGAAGAGCCGCUGCGGGAACUGGGAAGAGACCGAAGACGCCCGCAGGAGAGAGAGGCCCGAGAGGAGGAGCUGGAACGACAGCAGCUGCGUCGCCAAGAACAAGACCGAGAACUCCAGGAGGAAGAGCAGCUGCGCCGCCAGGAGCGCGACAGGAAGUUCCGACGGGAGGAACAAGAGCUGCGCCAGGAGCGGGAGGAAGAGCAGCUGCGCCGCCAGGAGCGCGACAGGAAGUUCCGCAGGGAACAAGAGCUGCGCCAGGAGAGGGAGGAAGAGCAGCUGCGCCGCCAGGAGCAGGACAGGAAGUUCCGCAGGGAACAAGAGCUGCGCCAGGAGAGGGAGGAAGAGCAGCUGCGCCGCCAGGAGCAGGACAGGAAGUUCCGCAGAGAACAAGAGCUGCGCCAGGAGCGGGAGGAAGAGCAGCUGCGCCGCCAGGAAGAGGACAGGAAGUUCCGCAGGGAACAAGAGCUGCGCCAGGAGAGGGAGGAAGAACAGCAGCGCCGCCAGGAGCAGGACAGGAAGUUCCGCAGGGAACAAGAGCUGCGCCAGGAGCGGGAGGAAGAGCAGCAGCGUCGCCAGGAGCGCGACAGGGAAUUCCGCAGGGAACAAGACCUGCGCCAGGAGCGGGAGGAAGAACAGCAGCGCCGCCAGGAAGAGGACAGGAAGUUCCGACGGGAGGAACAGUUCCCUCGGGAGAGGGAAGAGCAGCUGCGCCGCCAGGAAGAGGACAGGAAGUUCCGCAGGGAACAAGAGCUGCGCCAGGAGCGGGAGGAAGAGCAGCUGCGCCGCCAGGAGCAGGACAGGAAGUUCCGCAGGGAACAAGAGCUGCGCCAGGAGAGGGAGGAAGAGCAGCUGCGCCGCCAGGAAGAGGACAGGAAGUUCCGCAGGGAACAAGAGCUGCGCCAGGAGAGGGAGGAAGAGCAGCUGCGCCGCCAGGAGCAGGACAGGAAGUUCCGCAGGGAACAAGAGCUGCGCCAGGAGAGGGAGGAAGAGCAGCUGCGCCGCCAGGAAGAGGACAGGAAGUUCCGCAGGGAACAAGACCUGCGCCAGGAGAGGGAGGAAGAACAGCAGCGCCGCCAGGAGCGCGACAGGAAGUUCCGCAGGGAACAAGAGCUGCGCCAGGAGAGGGAGGAAGAGCAGCAGCGCCGCCAGGAGCGCGACAGGGAAUUCCGACAGGAGGAACAGUUCCCUCGGGAGAGGGAAGAGCAGCUGCGCCGCCAGGAACAGGACAGGAAGUUCCGCAGGGAACAAGACCUGCGCCAGGAGAGGGAGGAAGAACAGCAGCGCCGCCAGGAAGAGGACAGGAAGUUCCGCAGGGAACAAGAGCUGCGCCAGGAGAGGGAGGAAGAGCAGCAGCGCCGCCAGGAGCGCGACAGGAAGUUCCGUGAGGAGCCAGAGCUCCGACAGGAACGUGAGCAGCAGCUGCGCCGAGAUCGCGACCGAAGAUUCCAAGAAGAACUGCGCCAGGAAAGGGAGGAGGAACAGCUGCGCCGGGAACGCGAGAGGAAAUUCCGCCGAGAGCAGGACCUGCGCCCGCAGAGGGAAGAGGAACGGCGGCGGCGCCAGGAGCGUGACGGGGAGUUCCGUGAGGAGGAACUCCUCCGUCAGGAACGUGAGCAGCCGCGCCGCCAGGAACGGGACCGAGAGUUCCGCGGGGAGCGGGAGCCCCGGCGGGAACGGGAGCAGCAGCUGCGCCAGGAACGAGACCGGAAAUUCCGACAGGAGGAGCAGCUGCGCCGGGAAAGGGAGGAGCAGCAGCUUCGCAGCCGGGAGCUCGAGCAACAGCUGCGUCGUGGUCGUGACAGAAAAUUCCAAGAGGAGCAAGAGCUGCGCCGCCAGGAACGGGACCGAGAGUUCCGCCGGGAGGAACAGCUCCGCCAGGAACGGGACCGAGAGUUCCGCCGGGAGGAACAGCUCCGCCGCCAGGAACGGGACCAAGAGUUCCGUGGGGAGCAAGAGCUUCGUCAGGAAAGGGAGGAGCAAGAGCUGCGCAGCCAGGAACGGGACCGAGAGUUCCGCCAGGAGGAACAGCUCCGCCAGGAACGGGACCGAGAGUUCCGCCGGGAGGAACAGCUCCGCCAGGAACGGGACCGAGAGUUCCGCCGAGAAGAACAGCUCCGCCAGGAACGGGAGGAGCAGCUGCUCCGCCAGGAACGGGACCGAGAGUUCCGCCAGGAGGAACAGCUCCGUCAGGAACGGGAGCAGCAGCUGCGCCGCCAGGAACGGGACCGAGAGUUCCGCCAGGAACGGGAGGAGCAGCAGCUACGCCGCCAGGAACGGGACCGAGAGUUCCGCCAGGAACGGGAGGAGCAGCAGCUACGCCGCGGUGGUGACCGCAAAUUCCAGGAGGAGCAGGAGCUGCGCCAGGAAAGGGAGGAGCAGCUGCGCCGGCAGGAGCGCGAGCGCCAGUACCGCCGGGAGGAGCGGUUUGUCCGGGAGGACAGCGGCCGUCCGGAACGGGAACUGCGGCGUGAAGAGCAGAUCCGUCGUCAGGAGCAGGAGAGGAAAGUCCAAGAAGAGCAGAUCCGUCGCCAGCAGGAGGAGCAGAGGCGCCGCCAAGUCCGGGAGAGACAGUUCCAAGAAGACAAGCAUCGUGGGCAGGUCCUGGAGCCUGGCCGAAGCCAGUUUGCCCACGUUCCCGUGCGCUCCAGCCCUCUCUAUGAAUACAUCCAAGAGCAAAGGUCUCAGUACCGCUCCUAAGAGAUGCUGCCAACAUCCUGACACCUGCCGAAGCUUCAAGCCAAAGAAAAUGAGAAACACAGCGUACCAAGUUAUAACUUAC